ACGAAAACGGUCUAGGCAAGAUAGUCCCGGGACCUACGGCAAUCGGGCACCGUAAUACGGACCUUUAACUUUUCGAAUGGAAGUACUUCCGGGUCGUAGUCUAUUUAUAUUUCGCAUGCCAUAUGAACAACUGAUGUUUACAGAAAGUGGAUUCUAUAUUGGAGUUUUCGUCUAGAAUACUUCAAUUUAAUACCCAUAACAGUUGUUUUAAGCUGCAGCUACAGGCCUGAUAAUGGAUGACAAAGGAACUGAAGAGUCAGAAGUAGAAAUAAAACUGACUGAUGGAGUUAGUGCCCAUGUCAUUCAUCGUGAGCGAUUGGAGAGAGUGAGGCGGCAGGGAAGAGAGAAAAAAAGGCAAGAAGAAGAGAGAAAGAAAGAAGAAAGAAAGAAAGAAGAAAGAAAGAAGAAAAAUCAGGAAAACCCAGAGUCUUCAGAUAGUGAAGAUGAGGAAGAUGCCUAUUUGAUAGAACAGCUCACUAAAAUGGGAAUUAGUGUGAAGAAACCAGAGCCUCCAGAGGGUUCUGGACUGGUGUACGAUGAUAGGAUGGCCAAAUUCCAAUGUCUAUGGGACCCAGCUUUCCCUGAGAAACCAGAACGCAUAACAGAACCAUUUGCCCGAUGCUCAGAGCUAGGACUUAUAGAAAGGUGUACGAGAAUUGAGGCCCAGUAUGGGACAGAAGACCAAGUGUUAUUACUACAUACAGAGAGUCACUUGGAAAAACUGAAAGAUACAGUUGAUAUGUCAAGAGAGGCACUCAAGAAAGUUUCAGCUAAAUAUGAUUCUGUUUACUUCCAUCCGGGGACAUAUGAAGCCUCCCUACUAGCUCUGGGUAGCACUGUGGAACUCAUGGAACAAAUUCUCAAGAAAAAGGUCAGAAAUGGGCUGGCUAUUAUUCGACCACCAGGUCAUCAUGCCAUGACUGAAGAAUUCUGUGGCUACUGUUUUAUCAACCAAGUGGCCAUCGCUGCCAAGCAUGCUGUGGACAAUCUGGGACUGAAAAGAGUGCUGAUUGUGGACUGGGACGUCCAUCAUGGUCAAGCCACACAACAAAUGUUUUAUGAUGACCCACGAGUUCUGUACUUUUCCAUCCAUCGUUAUGAAUAUGGAAAGUACUGGCCUAAUCUUAGGGAGUCAGACUAUGACUUUAUUGGAGAGGGAAACGGUAAAGGGUACAAUGUCAAUGUACCUCUGAAUAAGAUCCAUAUGAAUGACACAGAUUAUCUGGCUAUCUUCCACCAAGUCUUGAUGCCUAUUGCUCAUCAGUUCUCUCCAGACCUGGUGUUUAUUUCUGGGGGCUAUGAUGCGGCUAUCGGGGACUACAAGGGUGAGAUGCGAGUUACUCCAGUAGCUUACGCCCACAUGACCCAUACGUUGAUGUCGCUGGCAGAGGGGCGUGUGUGUAUAUGUUUGGAGGGUGGGUACUGUAUAAAAUCGCUGUCUGAGGCAGUGGCUCUAACAUUGAGAACUCUCCUUGGCGACUCCUGUCCUAUGUUGCCUGCCAUGGGCGACCCUUGUCACAGUAUAACAUCCACCAUCCUGAAUGUGAUCAAAGUUCUACGUCCAUACUGGAGCUGUUUUAGCUACCAGACAGAGCUAACCUGGGAAGAGUUAUGUCCCUUUGAAGAUGUCAACGAAAUGCCUCCAAAGCCAGAUAUGCCAUUUGUCACAGAGGAGAACAAACCAAAGGAGUUUCCUAUCAUGUACGAGUUUGAGGAUGGGGUGGAGGAGGAGUAUAUUAUACAACAUAAAUUUGACCCAGUCAUCGAUCAGCUGAUCGCAGAGACCUCCCUCGCCACACCCCCUAACAAGACCUGUAUCGUGUAUGAUGAAGGCAUGCGAGUCCACCACGCUAUCACAUUCAGAGGACAUCCAGAGGACCCGGAUCGCGUCACAAGUAUAUUUGACAAGCAUUCAGAAUGGGGUUUGUUGGAUAGGUGUUUACGGGUCCAGUCUCGGCUCGCUACAGAUGGAGAAAUACAGACUGUACACAGUUCAUCCUACAUAGAACAGAUGCAAGCAUCAGCAGAGUUACCUCCCAUGGAACUAAGAAAUUUACAGCAUAGCUUCAAUUCCAUCUAUAUGUGCCCGGAAACCAAUGUGUGUGCCAGGAUGGCAGCAGGAUGUGUUCUUAGUGUAACGGAUGCUGUGUUGUCAGGACAGGCCAAUAGUGGGGUCGCUGUGGUGAGGCCUCCUGGUCACCACGCGGAAUGUACAAAGGCCAUGGGAUUCUGUUUCUUCAACAGUGUUGCCAUUGCAGCCAAAUAUGCUCAAAACAAAUUCGGAAUAAAACGGGUUUUGAUUCUCGACUGGGAUGUUCACCAUGGAAAUGGAACACAGCACAGCUUUUAUGAGGAUCCAAGCAUCCUUUUCAUCAGUCUCCAUCGAUAUGACCAUAGUUUCUUCUAUCCGAGCUCUACUGAUGGAAAUCACAAUAUGACCGGGUCGGAGGCAGGAAAUGGGUUCAAUGUUAACAUUCCAUUCAAUGAGGGCCCCAAAGGUGAUGCAGAAUACAAGGCUGCCUUCCAACAAGUAGUGAUGCCCAUUGCUUAUGAGUUUGCCCCUGAACUUGUGUUGGUGUCGGCUGGGUUUGAUGCUGCCCUGGGUGAUCCACUGGGUGGAUACCACAUCACACCUGCUGGGUAUGGUCACAUGACCCACAUGCUGUCCUCACUGGCCAAUGGGAGAGUAAUAGUUGCCUUGGAGGGAGGCUACAAUCUGUCGUCCAUAUCAAACAGUAUGGCGACCGUUACCUCUGUCCUGCUCGGUGACCCGUGUCCAUAUCUACCUUACGCUCAACCUCAGGAAAGUGCUGUCAAGAGUAUCAACAGUACAUUGGACUCUCACAAACAGUUCUGGAAGUGUCUCAAGUUCAGAGUGCCAAUUCCAGAUUUAAGGCCUAAAGUAGAAGAAAGGAAUUCUGAAGAAGAAAAAGAAGAAAAGUUGGAAGAAGAGAAAUUCAAAGAGAAUAUUGAUGAACUUGCUAAAAAUAUGACUUCAGUGUCAGUGUAUGACGGAACUGGCCAAGUUGGUGAGGAACCUAAAUCAACCAAUCAACCAGAAUCAUGUGUAACUGAACAAGCCACAUCCAAUGUGGAGACAGAUCCUAUUAAUGUAGGGACCAAACCCAAAAUGGAGACCAAACAGCUUGAGAUGGAAACCACUCCUACAUCAAACAACACACUCACUACCAAGACCAAAGAGCUGGGGGAUGACACGAAUGUCCAAGGGGCUGGAGGAACCAUGGGAGGGGCUGGAGGAGCCAUGGGAGGGGAUGGAGGAGCCAUGGGAGGGGCGGGAGGAGCCAUGGGAGGGGCCGGAGGAGCCAUGGGAGGGGCCGGAGGAGCAGGAACUUCUGUUGAUGAAAACAUGGGUGCAGUAGGUGGGGCUAAUAACUCUGUGCUGGAUCGGCUCAAUGUGGUACAAGCUCUGGAAGAUAUGGGUCACCAGCAAAUGUAUGCAAUACAGCCCCUGACCUGGUGUCCCCAUCUAGACACUGUACACUCCCUACCACAAAGGGUCCUGGACACUGGGGCGCCGUGCUUGGACUGUGGUAAUCUGGGGGAGAACUGGGUGUGCCUCGUCUGUUACAAGGUGUUCUGUAGCAGAUACGUCAACGAACACAUGGUAAUCCAUGGGGCUAUGGAACAGCACCUGAUGACCUUAAGUUUCUCUGACCUUUCUGUCUGGUGUUACGGAUGUGAUAACUACAUCGACAAUCAGAUUGUAAAUGCUGCCAAGCAAGCUGCCUACAGACACAAGUUUGGAACGGAGAUGUCCGGGUCUUAACACAGGACAGUGUUUAUGGAAGCUAAUUCUGACAUGAAUAUGAAUGCUCAUUGUAAUCGAUGUGUACAGUGCUUGGGAUGUCUACAUAGGGAAACUACUGAUUUACCUCAAUGCUAAUUGAUGACUGAUUUAACUUUCUCUUCAUGUGGCUUGUUAUUUUUGCCAAUUUAACAAUGGUUUCAGUGUUUUUACCUGUAAACGUUUCCUAUUUAAGAGGGAAUGAUUUCAGAUAACGUGAAACUAAGUUCCUGGAGUAAAGUUUUGGUUAGGUUUAUAGAACAUAUCAAAACUUAUAUAUGUGCCUAUAUUUUGUAAUUCUUAAAGGUUGCUUGACUAUAAAGAUACUUUUGUAGUCUC